AAAUGGCAAAGACAAAAGUCGUGUUUAUCUCCCUAUAAAUUCCAUUUAAUUCAAUCAAAAUUCCAGGUCAUUCUUAGAAUUCGGAAAUAAUUCAAUUACUGUCAAUUCCAAUAUUUAAAUUACAAGAACUCAAUUCCCAAUUAAAUAUUAUCACUAACAAUUGCACAAAUUCUGCUGUGCAGAUAGCCUAGCUAUACUGUAAAUAGAAAUAUACAAGUUGAAAUGUAAAACAAAUCCUGGAAUACAUUUGAUACUAGGUUCAUUAAUUCUAAUAAUAUUAAAUUCCAAAUAAAUUCCCAAAAUGUAAUGUUUUUACAAUUCCAAUUCAAACAGUCCAAACAGUUUAAAUUCGAAUCCAAUUAAAAAUCCAUAACAUGAAGAUUGUUUAAAUUCGAAUUGAAUUCAACAGAUUUUCCUCUUCAUGCGUGAUUUCAAGAAUUUUAUGGGAAUUACAAAUUAAAUUGGAAUCGAAUGCAACCCUGUUGUGAAUUCAUAUAUUAUAAUACUUCCAAUUGUGACAAGUCUAACCCGUAUCUGAGCAUCUGAAUCAAUUCACACUCAGUCAGUGACACUGCUUCAUGUCAGGGCUCUUUGUCUGGCCAAUGUUACAAGGGAGCCAUCAGAGAUUUGAGGUCUUGUAAAGCCACCACUUCUAAAUGAUGAGCGUUGUUCCAGCAACGAGGGAAAAAUGGUCUGGUGUGGGGGCCUGGAGGGAAAAAUGGUCUGGUGUGGGGGCCUGGAGGGAAAAAUGGUCUGGUGUGGGGGCCUGGAGGGAAAAAUGGUCUGGUGUGGGGGCCUGGAGGGAAAAAUGGUCUGGUGUGGGGGCCUGGAGGGAAAAAUGGUCUGGUGAGGGGGCCUGGAGGGGAAAAUGGUCUGGUGAGGGGGCCUGGAGGGGAAAAAUUGCCCGGUGUGUUAGCAAUGCCAGGGCAGAUUUCUGGUUCAAGUCCGCCCCCUGAUGAAUUAGCCUAUGACAAUAUUAGGACUUGUCCUUUAACAGGAUAGUGUGUAAUGUAAUGAAUGAUUCACCUGGUGGUUCCCUACUGUCUCCUACACUUGUCCUGUGCUCAUUGUUGUCGUCUCUUGUUUACAGCCCCAGACCACUGCUGUCUGGCAGCCCCACAGAGGGCCCUGUGGGCAUGCGGACAGGGAGCAUCUCCUCACCUCACUGCCUUCACAGCACCCCUCCACAGUGGGACCCCACGAAUGACCUGCGCACCAUCGCCAAAAACUUCUUCUACCUUGAUACCUCAGGCUGGUACUGGGGAGCCAUCACAGCAGGUCAGGCCCAUGCAGCUCUCCAGGCAGCGUCAGAGGGGGCCUUUCUGAUUCGAGACAGCAGCCAUCCCCUGUACAUGCUGACCCUGUCUGUUAGGACUGCCCGUGGCCCCACCAGUAUACGCAUCCAGUACAGUGGAGCCCGGUUUCUGCUAGACUCCAGCUCGCCAGCCCGACCCAGCCUUUUGUCCUUUCCUGACGUGCCUAGCAUGGUGCAGUACUAUGUAGGACCAACAAGGAAGGUGCAGAAGGGCAAGGUGGAGGAGACUCAUGGUGUACAGCCCGCCCAGAGGACAGUUCAGGAGAGCACAGUAGUGCUGAAGCUCAAGCGGGCCCUGCACAAGCCCCAGGCCUUCCCCUCCCUCCAGCACCUCACACGCCUCACCAUCAACCGCAGCACAGGCUGUCCGGACCAGCUGCCACUGCCACGCCCACUGGUGCGCUACCUGCAGGACUACCCCUUCCAUGUAUGAGGGUCCUCUGGUGCUGAAUUAAACUAAACAGUUCAACUAAACCUUGAGGAGCGCUGUCAGUAAGAGGUCCCUGGCAGCUGGAAACAACAUCACUGCACUGGCAACUAAUGGAGCCACAUCAGACAUACGGUUGGUCAUGAGACCAUGUUUGGGAAAGAACCUUCCAGAAAAUGGUGCCUGGUUUUGGAUUUCUCAGAGGGAAGUGGGGUUCUGUGUACCACCCCAAUUCACAGAGGUGAUUGACUGGAAAACACAUGGUGCUAACUGUAGUGUAUCCUCGUGCUAUGAGGGGUAACGUUUUCUUUCUGUUUCUGAGCAGUGAAUUGCUUUUCAGUCACAAAUGUAAAUUGUUUAAUUUUUUGUUUAGUCAACAUUGUCAUUUUUUACCCCCCCCGACACUGUACAUAUCCCUUUUUUUAUUAAAACAAUAUUAAAUGAGU